GGGCACAGCUUGGGCUCGAUGGGUUUCGGAGGUGUUUUAUGACCUCAGCGAUCCUAGAAUUCUGUUGUUCCUCCUUUCGGAGCAGCACAUUCCCUGUCGAGCAGCACACUGCCCGCCAUCGGCCCCGGCCCCGCCACGUCCCCUCAGGCCCGCGCGUCCCCGCCCGCCGCCCGCAGGGGGCGCCCGCGCGCCCGGCCCACCCCGGCCCUGCCCGGCCAAGAUGGCGGCGGCGGCCGCGGCGGUGCCGCUGCGGGUCUGCCACCAGGAAAUCGUCAAGUUCGACCUGGAGAUCAAGGCGGCCGUGCAGGACAUCCGGGACUGCCCGGGGCCGCUCAGCGCCCUCACGGAGCUCAAUGCCGCCGUCAAGGAGAAGUUUCGACACCUCCGCGGCCGCAUCCAGGAGCUGGAGCAGAUGGCCAAGGAGCAGGACAAGGAGUCGGAGAAGCAAGCCUUGCUGCGGGAGGUGGAGAACCACAAGAAGCAAAUGCUCAGCAACCAGGCAGCCUGGAGAAAGGCAAAUCUGGCCUGCAAAAUUGCUAUUGACAACUCUGAGAAGGAUCAGCUGCUGCAGGGAAGAGACAUCUUGAGACAAAGGAAGACCACAAAGGAAAGUCUGGCAGAGAGUGCAAGCAACAUCACAGAGAGUCUGAUGGGCAUCAGCAGGAUGAUGUCCCAGCAGGUGCAGCAGAGUGAGGAGACUGUGCAGACCUUAGCCAAUUCUUCCCGAACCAUCCUGGAAGCAAAUGAGGAAUUCAAGUCCAUGUCUGGCACCAUCCAGCUGGGGAGGAAGCUGAUCACCAAGUACAACCGCCGGGAGCUGACAGACAAGCUGCUCAUCUUCCUGGCCCUCGCCCUCUUCCUGGCCACAGUGCUCUACAUCCUCAAAAAGAGACUCUUCCCAUUUUUGUAAAAUUCCAACAAUCAUUGAACUAUUAAAAAAUAAUCAGAAAGAGAUGGUUGAUAACGGUGGGGCUUUUAAAGGAAAUAAUAAAGGGUUAUUGCAAUAGCUGGAGGAGCAUUAGAGUAGUCAGGAAUUUGUGCUGUCCCCACAGAGCUUGGGAGCUGCCUCAGAAGAGAUUGAUAGAUCAUGCUUGGAAAGAAGAAAUGCCAGUUUGCCUGGGGGUUUGGGGAUCCAGCACUUGAGGGACUGGGCACUCAUAGGUGCCAGUCUGAACUUUCAACCUCUCACUGAUUUCUGCCUUGAAAUGAAGUUUUGUCCUUGGCUUGGACUGGAAGCUGCUCUGACAUCUGUGUGUGACAUGCUGAGAGUAAGAGGAAGGAUGGAAGAGAAAAACUCAACAUUCCAUUAAUAAAAUAUUUAUUGUAUUCA